ACCAACGAAUGGAAUGGUCCGUAGUCAAAAUGGCGGUCAUAGACGAAUUAGUAAAGGUAACUUGGUGACCUCGUACACUUUGGAGCAGAAUGGGAACUCCAGAAAUAGACAAUGUGAUCGAACGGUGUCUCCAGAAGCAGGAAGCUGUCCUGAACUUAAGUCACCGAGAUAUCAGCGUCCUGCCACCAACGGUACGUCAGGUGACACAUGUCAGACGACUCCUUCUCAACAACAACAAACUUCUUAUGCCGCCCACCGAACUCUUGGCUUUGCAGCAACUUGAAGAACUGACUUUGGACUGUAACAGCCUGACUCUGCUUCCGACUGGAAUAGGUGAACUCAGCACACUGACUUACCUGAGCCUGAGCAACAACAGUUUGGGCUUUCUUCCCGGAGAAAUAGGGAGGCUGCAAGAUUUAACCCAACUGUGGAUAGCUGACACCAAACUGAUGGGCCUUCCACCAGAAAUCGGUCUACUCCAGAAGCUGGAAAAACUCAGCGCCAAGAACAACCAAAUAUCUUCUCUCCCAGAUGAGUUGUGUAACCUGUCUAAGUUGUCUUGGCUAAAUCUGGCCCAGAACCAACUCGACAGGCUUCCUGACAGUUUCUCCAGGUUACAGAACUUGUCUUACCUGAAUGUGGAUGGGAACAGGUUUGCAGAGGUGCCAGCUGGUCUGGGGGAGAACCCUGCCCUGUCCUCCCUGAGUAUGAGGAAAAACAUGAUCUCCUCUCUACCUGAUGAUCUUCUGCUAAGUCUGAACAAGCUGUGUAAGAUUGACCUCAGGGAAAACCCUCUCCAGGAAAGACCUGCACACUGGAAGGGUUUGGACUUCAUUCUGCUGGGUCCAGACCACACCGGAGCAGGAGAUGGGCCAGGAACCAGCACAGAGUCUGAGGACACAGACAGCAGUGGGGACAGCACAGAAGAUGGGGAGACUCAGUAACAGAGCGCACCCAAGGAAACUAGGCAGUCUCAACUUGUACACUUUGAGCCUUGCAAUUUUAGAUAAUUCAGUCAUGUAUAGAUUGAAUAUAGUACAUGUGGGUGAGAUAUAAAUGUAUAUCAUCACUAAAUGUACAUUUCUACAGUACAAGGCGAUUGCCCAGGAACUUUUACCAGCAACUUUCCUGCUCAGUAAAGAGAGACAUUGUAAUUUGUUUAAUUUCAUGUGUUGCAAUGUGUGUGUGCAUAAACACAAUUUGGUUCUCUUUCUUGCUGUAUAUGAUUCUACCUUUUGAUCACUAAAUGUUAUAUUUGGGUAUAAUACUGAGCAUGAGAAAGGCAAGAGGUCAUGUAUUUUACUGACAAAUCCCCUCAAACCACUUGUGAAUCUGUAUUACUAACAAUCUAGCCUGGGAUGAAUCCCAAACCCAGUUUCAAUAGGAUAUUUGCAUGUAACAUCACAACAUGGCAGAUGUCACAUGAAUGCAAUGAAUGUAUAUACUACCUGACACCAAAGAUGGAAGCAAACAUACUAAGGGCAAUUUUUGUUUUCUCUGCUUAAGAUAUAACAAAACUCUAUAUUUACACUAUCUGAAGUCAUCAGGCUCCACAAAUAAAAGGUCCACAAACAAAUCUUUACUGUCACUUGUAUGACAAGUAUUUCUUUAUUUGUUAUCCUGUACAGCAUAAAUUUCUCCAAUUGCAACAACUUUCUUAUGUGGAAGUGAAACAGCAAAUACAUGUACAUUUCAUUUGAUGUACUAUCUGGCUCUAUGUGU